AUGACCCCUAAGGCCCCGUUUCUGGCAGGGGAGCACCAUUUCCGUUUGGAGGGCCUUGACGAGGCCCAUAGAUGCGUCGGUGGCCCCAUCUCCGAGUGGGAUCAGUUCUUUCUCGAUCCCGCUCAGCAGCCUCUUUCUGGACCAAGAACGUCUCACAGAAAAACGCUACGGCGCUCCAUGCCGUUUCUCCUCUCAUCAUCGCCGAAACAACUGGUGGCAGAG